UCCACCAAAACGAUUUCUUGUAAAGUAGCAUCCUUGCACUUGGAGAUGCCAGCUGCUGUCAUGGACAACUUUGACCAGGGAAGUCCUUUCUCUCAAAGUGAUUCUCAAAGUCCUCUUGAUUGGAGCACACAGUCAGAGGACCACAGGCACCAUCACAGAGAGAAAAACAGAGAUGCAGCUCGCAAGAAUCGCAGAAAACAGACAGAAAAGGCAGACGUGCUGCAUGAGGAACUCCAAACCCUAGAGCAGUCUAAUACCACAUUCAUAAAAGAAAUCGCUGAACUAAAGAAGGAGCUUCAAUUCUACACCACAGCCUUGGAACAACAUAUACCUCACUGCACUAAACUGUGUCCAUUUGAACCAUCAGUUAGUGUUACAGGAGGACCGUCCACAGCUACACCCUCUACCUCAGAUAUCACCUUCAACUCUGACCCCAACCUCUUGCCGGAACUUGCGUUCUUACCAGACACUAAUUCAGGGGACUUAUCUCUAACAGACCUCCUCGACAGUAGUGAUUGGUGUCCAUGGGACUCGGUGAAUGGAAAUGGGUGUCUACAGCAGUUUUGAGGUGCUGUACAGUCAGUUAUUUGGUCACAAGGCUUACACACUACUACAUCCUGCAAACAGCCCUUUUUGUUGUGUUCAAAUACUAAUGGUGCUAAAAACCAUGAUCCA